UUGUGCCUAUUUUGCGCAUGUUUUUCUACAGCUAUUCCUCUCCUCUAGUAAUAAUAGUCGAACGGCUCUGGUUUCUCUUGCGCCCGGCCCAGUUUUUCCGUUUUAGCUUAGUUGUCAUAGGCUGUGCUGCCGCUUUCUGGGAAAGGACGUUCCUAACAAAAAUCGAGCAACGCCACGUCGCACAAACAGGACAGGAGGGGAGAGGGGUGUGUGCGCGCGCGUGCUGUCCCCAAAUGGAUGAGAAAUAAGGGAAAGGAGGGGCUGGCGACCGUGUGAUGAAGUAACACUGCUAGGCCCGGGACUAGUCGGGCUCCGGCCUCGGGUCUGGAGGGACAAGGUUGGGGGCCGGGUGGCAGACGCGGCUUCUGGUCUUCCCCCAGCGCGAGGGUCGUGGCGGGAAGCGGGGACAGGGCGCGCGCUCGGAGCCUUCUCCCCGCCCCGCCCCGCCCCAGGGUCUUCCUCCCCCAGAAUUCGGAGCGGCCCCUCCUCCAGGCCAGGCUCGCCGCGGGGCGCUGAGCAGGCCGGGACACCGCGGCCGAGGUUAUCGUUAGGCAUCUCCCAGGCGACCGGCUCCGCAGCAAGAUGGCGGACGAGAAAGACAGGGAAGAGAUAAUAGUAGCAGAAUUUCACAAAAAAAUCAAGGAAGCAUUUGAAGUGUUUGACCAUGAGUCGAAUAAUACAGUGGAUGUGAGAGAGAUUGGAACAAUUAUCAGGUCAUUAGGAUGCUGCCCUACUGAAGGAGAGCUGCAUGAUCUGAUUGCAGAGGUAGAAGAAGAAGAACCCACUGGAUACAUUCGAUUUGAAAAAUUUCUUCCGGUGAUGACGGAAAUACUACUAGAAAGGAGAUACAGACCAAUUCCAGAAGAUGUCCUUCUUCGAGCUUUUGAGGUUUUAGAUUCAGCUAAACGUGGGUUUCUUACUAAGGACGAACUGAUCAAGUAUAUGACUGAAGAAGGUGAGCCUUUUUCUCAAGAGGAAAUGGAAGAAAUGUUGUCUGCUGCAAUUGAUCCAGAAUCAAAUUCAAUUCAUUACAAGGACUAUAUAACAAUGAUGGUGAUAGAUGAAAAUUAAAUGUUCUAAAGAUAAUUUCUAGUUGAAAGGACAAUUUUAGAAAUUGUUUCUCCUUGUUAAUUUCACAUCUAAGAUAAGAGAAUCUAAGGAAUCUUAGGAUUCCUGUAUGUGAUAUUUAAUACCUUGUGACAUAACUAUUUUAAGAUACUUUGUUUUUAAAGAUGAUCAUAACACUUUAAAACAAAUUUAGUAUAUCUAGCCUUACAGAAUGAUAAAUUACUAUUUAUUUAAAAACUAUUCUUAAAACAUUUUAACAUUAGAAUUGCUAUUUUAUGUAAUAAAACUCAAGUAACCUUCAAAUUAAUUAAGCUGACAAAAUGAAAAUGACUGUAAUGACCCAAGGUUUGGCAUAUAAAGAUCUUAAGAGGGGGCAGAAUGACCAACGAUUGACAGUGAGUAGCAAUAUAAUGAAGGCUUCCUUUUUCAACAAUAACAAACGCUUCAUCAAUCUGAGUGUGGAAGGAGAUUUAUCAAAAUAAAUAUUAAUUGAUUUUU